AUGACUCUCCAUCGUCAGAAACCACCAGCCCAGCUCCUCAAGAUGCCAGACGCGCCCGUCUUUUACGAUCCAGCCUCUCCCAACGAACAAGCGCCUCCACUUCCCUCUGCUCCCCUCCAACAGCUCUCUCCCCAGGCCGUCUUCCAACCGCCACUAUCCCGUCGCGGCACUGGACCCGGUCUGAUCCUCCUCCUCCCCGAAAAUAUAGAAAGGAGCAGGCGUGAAGACAAGCCACUGGACCCCGAACCCGUCCAAAAAUGGGCCGAGGAAGGCUUUGCGGUUGUUGGCAUAACGGCCUCGUCCACUCCUAUCCAGGCAAUCACGGACGCAGUUGAGGCUUUGAAGGAACAUGACAAGGUCGACACAAAGGAUAAAAUCGGCAUCAUAAUAUAUGAUGCCCCCCAGAACGCACUCACAUCUCACUUGCCCCCGGAAAUCGCGUGUAUAGCCACAUUUACAGAGCACUUCCCAUCUCAAUCCCAUAUUCCCACGUACUUUCACACAUCCAACACUCCAGAGGGACAUACAAAGACCAACCAUGUGACAGUAUCAACGUAUCCCAAUACCCAGAAGCACUUCAUCCUACCCGGCUCGGCGACUUACAAUCCUCCCGCCGCGAAUAUUGCACACACACGAAAUUUGGUGUUUUUGAAGAAACACAUAGGAGGCCCGGUGUUUGAUAUUGAGGCUAUUUGGGAGGAGCAUACCUACUGGGAGUUUGAGAGGAGGAGCGUGGCCCAGACAAUGGCUACCAUGGUCGUACGUGCCUUUAUCUGCCUUUUUUGUCUUAUCCUUUUGUGCAACCAGCAAGGUUACUAA